AUGCUGCUAAGACAAUCCGGAGCCUUGCUGGUAGCUGCCACUGCGGCGAAUGCCCUUCGUAACGCCAGCCCUUUCUUCCUCCUCUCCACCGAAGCUAUCAAGUCCGACUCCCCCCUGCAGACCUCUCAACUCUCCACCGCCGCACAUGUAGAGGAGAGUCUAUUAUCAGCCCUCGACGACUGUGCCGCCUCCCUCUACAUCCUCGUCGAGCAAGCCGGCGCACACGCCUCCGAUCUGCGCGAUGGCAGCGUCAUGCCUGCGAUGCAGAGACGAAUGGCCAGUGGGGACUAUCGCAGCGUUGUACAGGUGCCAGAAGUGAUGGGAGAGAUGGACACGAUCAGAAUCGCAGACUCGAUCAGCAGAAAAUGCAAUCUGGAGCGGACCAACGUGCAGGAGUACCACAGCGCUGGCCGCAAAGGCCACUCAGCAGUGCUGGGUCCUCUCCAACUCCCCGUGUUGAAGAGCGACGUCGUGUUAGAUGUAAGGAGGGAGAUAUUGAGCCAGGCGGAUCUGAAGCUCGAUGGACAGCUUGACUCUGUCCUGGCGAACCACACCUCUCAUGUCAUCAUCUACGUAUCCAGGUCUGCAGCGGAGGGCGAGAGGGCGCAUUACGAGAUGGAUGAGCCUCCAUACCAUGCUAUCAUGCACACUGAUCUCAAGAGAGAUGUGGGCGAGGAGGGUGUUGAGGCUGCCAAAGAGACCAAGGAGGCAAACCCGCAGGAUGGGUUGCCGCUUUUUGAAAAGUACCAGUUCCUCUCACCAGGCAUCUUCAUGGGCCUCACCAUUAGCCUGCUCCUUGGCUCCAUUCUUUACGUGGGAGUCUCUGCCAUCGCUGGACUUGAAGUCUCAUACAUGGCGUUUAGCAAGGAGAACGGUCCUUCGGCGCAGAAGAAGCAGUAG